GGACUUUGUAGCACAUUUUCAAAUCGAAGUUUGAACUUGUUUUGAAUAUUGGAAUCGGCUGAUUAACUGUUCUGUGCCAGUUAGGGCGUUGUCCCGCGUAGCCGUUUACUCAUUUAUGCACAUUAAAUUGGCGAUGAUUAAACCGCCUUUUGCGUGUUGUGUAUGGGCUCGGUGAUAGAUGUUCGGCUACGCCGAGUGUUAACCAAAUGAAUAGGAUAAUAGGAAACAGAUUAGUGAAUGGGUGCAAAUUUUGUAAUUGUGCUUGUGGAAAAAUAGCGGUAAUCAAUCUGGCGGCUAGUGAAGAUAUAAGGUGUCAGAGCACAGUAGAAAAUUGAUGGAUUACUGAAACUGGCCAGGGGAAGGAAAAGUGUCCAAGCCGGCGGUUAUUUUUGUUGCAUCUCAUUUUGGGUGUUGCGGACAUUGCACAUUGCGCAGUGCGUUCAAUAGACCGACAUAUGUGCGCAUGUACAAGCGGCAACUGGACAGCAUCGUUCAUGCUGCAUACGUUUAACUACUCUUCCCACAAGGAGAGAGAUUACUGGCAGCAAAAGGGGAAAAGCAGGAUAUCGGCGUUUUUGACAGGAGUGAUGGACUCUUGUGGUCACUUCCCAUGAGAUCCACUGUAAACGGAUUUUGAUAUGACCGACUGCCUGACCACUUCAGGCACGUGCUGUGUGUACAUCGCUGUGGCUGGGCUUGGAAAUUGACAUGUAUACCGCUCAUGUGUAGUUGUGGAGAGUAGCAUAUAGCUCUCCUGCCUCUGUUUCUACUUCAUCUUCUACGCACCAUCAAACAUCUGCGUCCACCGCACGUGGUCCGUCUCGUAAAACUUCAUGAACUAUACUUGAAAUCCUUAAUUUCCUUAUUUUUGACAACUGCUGACGGGUCUGGCAGGACCUGGCCCAUCGCUUUAUUACAUAUGCAGCCGCGGCUAUCUCUGCUAUACAGCUUCCAGUGGUGUAGUAGCCGUUUGGAGCUGUCCACUUCCUUCUUACUUGACCGGUUCUGCCAAAUGUAUGCGAAAUCAGUAAUGGAUUUGUCUGGGCCCGAUGUUAGCAAUUAUCGCUCCUACAUCUUCACAACUGCAUAAUACUCGCCGUAUUUACUUGAAUCCACACCCUACGAACUCCCGCUGGAAUCUAUAUUUUGCCGUUUGAUGCACACGUGCGAAAGUGAGGAACUGGAAUUUCUUACGCGGAGAAUUUUCUUAUCCACAGCAUCGCAUGCAUUUCAGCGCCGUCAGUCAACGAAUUGACUUGUACUAUUGGUGAUUAAAGCGUCGCGGAUGAUGGUGUGAAUGUCUUGACCAGUGGUCAACGUUAUCGGGAAUACUACACUGCCCGGAACCUUAUUUGCCACUUCAACGGAUAUAAUUUGGGGAAGCGAGAAAGAUUAAUUGCGCGCUCUGACCAGAAUACAUCGCCCGAUUGCAUUACUAUGUGGAUAUAAAUUGGCACAAUCGAGAGCAUCAUUUACUUGAAGGGCUUGACGAUAACGAUGUCUCGCCGCAAGGGAUCUCCGGCCAGAUGUGAUAUGGUCGCUAUGAUAUGGCUGCAACUGAUCAUCGGUCUGGCCGUCGUCCGGACCCAGUCCACGCGGGUCGACUAUCCGUAUCAGUGCCCCGAAGAGUGCCACUGUCAGACGACGCUGAGAAACGGGGUGUUUGUGGAAUGUGCCCUCCUGUCCAUUGGGUUAUGGUCGGAUUUCCGGGCUAUCCAGGCCAACUUCACGCAAGGUCUCCUAAUUCAGUGCGAUGCCCGGCAUCUUGACAGUAAACUCCUUGAAGGAGCUUUUGCCCAUCUGACUGAUUUGGAGAAGCUAUCCCUGGUGGAUUGCGCUUUUACGCGUAUCCCGAAGGAUGCCUUUGCCGGGCUGCGCAAUCUCAAGACACUGACCAUCAGCACCCGCUCGCCCACUGCCCAAAUGCACAUUGAGCCGGGCGCACUGCGCCGUCUGGAGCAACUGGAAACACUCGACCUGCACCGCUCCAAUAUCGCCAAAUUUCCGGCCGGGGAAUUGUGUGCACUGCAGCGUCUCAAAUUUCUCCAUCUACAAGACAACAGUGUGAACAAUCUGCUGCAGUUAGGCACAAGUGGGGCUUGUUUGACCAGCCUAGAAGCGGUGUAUUUGGAUGGUAACAGUGUCCGGACGUUGGAGAGUGAUGUGGCCGAGUAUCUCAGCCCGAAACUGCGCACAUUGUCCUUAUCGCGCAACAAACUGGACAGCGUGAGUGAUAGCGCACUGGCCCGGCUGGAGCAGUUAACCGAGCUGGAUCUUUCGCUGAAUCAACUGGAAUCCCUGUCGGACGGGCUACUGCAGCAUCAGACCCAAUUGGAGCGCCUAUGGUUGAACGGGAAUCAAGUCAAAUCCCUUCCGGUUAAUGCAUUUGUCAUGUUGAGCCAGCUGCGCGUGUUGAACUUGAGUCAGAAUGCCUUAACCAAUCAGUGGAUCAAUGGGGAACUGGUAAGAAAUUGUCUGCAGUUGCACUCACUCGACUUAUCCCACAAUCAACUGACCCACAUUGACCGUUCGCUACUGCGUAAUCUGCUUAAUUUAAAUCAACUCCAUCUCCAUCAUAAUCGUAUUGAAUGGCUGGAACCGCAGGCUUUCACUUAUCAGCACAAAAUGGAACAGUUGGAUUUGAGUCAGAAUCUCCUGGCCAGUGUGGAGGAUGAGGCGCUGGAUGGGCUGUUUGCCUUAUCGCUGCUGAAUAUGAGCAUUAACCAGCUCAAAUCACUGCCGGAUGGUUUGCUGGCUGAUGCGAAAAAGCUGACGGUGUUGGAUGUGGGCCAUAAUCAGCUGCAGCAGCUAUCCAGUGAUGUCUUCAGUCCGGUACGGGCGCUGCAAUGGCUGGGAUUAAGCCGUAACCAGUUGAGCGCACUCCAGCCGGCGCUUUUACGCAAUCUAAUUGAUCUGCAAGUGUUGGAUGUGUCGGAAAACCGGCUGAAAAGUCUCCCAGCUGGACUGUUGAACAACAAACCAAAUCUAAAGGUUGUCAUAUUAUCCAACAAUGACGUGAGUGAAUGGCGCGAGGAUAUUGUCGACGGGAGUCUGACACGCUUAGAAGACCUGCAGUUGGAUGGGAAUCUACUGCAGACCGUGGGCAACUGGACGGCCGGGAAGUUGAGUAAUUUGUUACGUCUGAAUGUGUCUAACAAUCAAAUUAGCCAAUUACAACUGGCGGAUCUGCCGCGCUCCUUACUGCAUUUGGAUGCCCAUUCCAAUUCCAUCGUACAAUUAAGCCUGGCCAGUGCCGCCUCGGCGCACAACUACAACGAGCUGCAAUUACGUCAUUUAGAUGUGUCCAGUAAUCAAAUCACCAGUGUGGGCCCCAAAGAUUUGCCGGCCUCAUUGCAGGUUAUCAAUUUGGCUGACAACCGUAUUGUUAACAUUGAACGCUAUACAUUCUACAACAAGCCCCGAUUAGCGGCGGUUAAUUUGCAACGCAAUCGGCUGGAAGCGCUGGAUGAGUAUGCCCUUAAGAUCAGUCCGCUGGAAGCCAGCGAGCAGCUUCCGGAGUUCCACAUCGGAAGCAAUCCCUUUUUAUGUGAUUGUCAAAUGGUCUACAUGAAAAAGAUGAACAGCAAAAACCUGAAGAGUUAUCUGCGCGAAAAUCCCAAUAUUGCCGACCUCGACAGCGUGGAAUGCGUUGAGAUGCGGAGCAAGGCCAGCCGGCGGAUGUUGGACGUGCCGGACGACGCGUUUGUUUGCCCAUACAACGAGCAGUGUGUGCCCAGCUGUCACUGUUGCGAUUACGCCGCCUGCGACUGCAAGAUGACGUGUCCGGAUAACUGUACAUGCUAUCAUGACGCCAAGUGGGAGAGGAACAUCAUCGACUGCUCCGCCCGUCAACUGGACACCAUUCCCCUGAUGGUGCCCAUGGACUCCACCGACGUCUUCCUGGACGGCAACAUCCUCACCGCACUCCCGGAGCACGCGCUGAUCGCCCGCAGCCGGCUGAAUGCACUGUACCUCAAUCACUCGCAAAUCCAGCGGAUUGAUAAUCGAACAUUUAACGGAUUAGCCCAUCUGAAGAUCCUCCACCUCCAUCACAACCAGCUCACCGUCCUCCGGGGAUACGAGUUCAGUCAGUUGGAGUCACUGGAGAUGCUGGAUCUGUCGUGGAACGACAUCCACGCCAUUCAUCCCCAUACAUUCACCGCGCUGAACCGACUGCGCAUGCUGAAUUUAGCCGGCAAUCAGCUGGAUGCGCUGGUGACCCUGCCGCUUCCGGUCAAUACGGUGCAACUGUAUCUGGCCAAUAAUAUGUGGGAGUGCUGGUGCAAUGAGGAGCGCGAGAAGACAUUGACGGAGUGGCUGGAGAAGAAUACGGCGCGCAUCGCCGACAUGGCCAACAUGCACUGUUACGAUCGCAGUCAGUAUCCGGCGCUGUUGCGCGAUAUGAAGAAGCCCCGUGAGCGCUGUUCCAGCGUGGAGGCGUUGACCCGUGAGACCGGCCAGCAUACAUUCCCGGUGGUCAGUGAAUCGUCCAAUCAAGUCCUGCUGCUGGUAGGCUCCAUCCUGGGGUGUGUUUGUGUGGUGGCCUUCGUGGCGGUGGUGGUGAUUCUGCGCUACCGCUACGAGAUCCAAGUACGGCUGCAUUCGCGCUUCCGGGUACGAUUAUGCUCGUCAUUAAGCGAUGAGGAUGAGGAGAGUAGUGAUUAUGCGUAUGAAAAGAUCUGUGAUGCCUUUAUCUCCUACUCGGAUGAGGAUGAUCCGCUGGUCUUGGGGGAAUUGGCGCCGCGGCUGGAGUUUGGCGUGCCGAAAUACAAAUUAUUCCUCCAUUAUCGCGAUUAUCCACUGGGAGUACGGACGCCGGAAUCAAUUAUACAGGGUGUACAGUUGAGCCGGCGGACCAUACUCAUCCUGUCGGAGAAUUAUCUGAAGCGGGAAUGGGCCAAAAUGGACUACCGGCUGGCGCAUCAGCAGGUGUUCAAGGACCGGAAGAACAAAAUCAUCAUUGUCCUGGUGGGGAACAUCCAGAUGAAGGAUCUGGAUGUGGAUCUGCGGAUGUAUCUCAAAUCCAACCCCUGCUUGCAGUGGGGUGAGAAGAUGUUCUGGAAGAAGCUGUACUACGCCCUUCCGGAUCCGGAACCGGUUCUGGAGGACCAUUAUUCACGGACGCUGUCCUCGGUGAGAAAUGGGCAUAUCUACAGUUAUCCCAUUACGGAUUUGUGAGACAGCGGGGAAGGGGAUAGAUGGAUGUGUGUGCAUGCGUUUCGUAAUGGGGUUUGCUCAACUGUGGUGGCGAAGGAAAUGCAGAGACAGAGAGACUUAAUGAGCGUUGUGUAUGUUAUGAUGGAUGCGAUAAGCGGGAUGCUGGGAAGUAAAUGGAUUGAUCUGAUUUUGGUUGUCCUAUUUAGUGGUGGAAUAUUUGUCUCUUCUCCUGAUGAUCUAAUUUGAAUAAUAAUUAAUUUUUAAUGCUGGCUGCAUUUUCUCUGUACAAAUUAUUUCCCGGCCCGCGCCAGAUGUUGCGGGAAUUGUUAGAAUUAUUCUUUGUAACUUGUACACGAUGCUGUUCCUUGCUCUGCGUUUGUUUCCGUCAUGACUGACCAAAAUUUUCUCGAAAUGAAAAUAAUGUGAUAAUUAAUACGAUUA